AUAUGAAUUGUUAAAAGAAAAUGGAUAUUUUUCAAUCUGAAAACAAGUGAAGUUCACAGUGCUUUGCAGAAAAUGCGACACAUGGAGGCUUCACUGUCUAAAGCCAAUCGUGCUUUCCCAGACUGUACUUCUAUGGCUUCUAAGUUCCGUGCAAUGAAUCAUAAUGCUGAAGAGCAAGUUCGUUCUCACCGACAACAAGCAACAUAUCUUGUUCAUCUUGCUGCAAGGACCACCCCAAAAGGUCUUCACUGUCUUUCUAUGCAGUUAACUGCUGACUACUUUGCCCUGAGACCUGAGGACCGGAAGCUUCCACAUGAAAAUAAGAUUCAUGAUCCAAAACUUCAUCAUUAUGCUGUCUUCUCUGACAAUGUUCUGGCAUGUGCAGUGGUUGUUAACUCCACUGUCUUCAAUGCUAAGAAACAGGAGAAACUUGUUUUCCAUGUAGUGACCAAUUCACUCAACCUUCCUGCAAUCCGGAUGUGGUUCUUAUUAAACCCUCCUGGCAAAGCCACAGUCCACGUACAAAGCAUAGAGAACUUUGAAUGGUUGCCCAAGUACAACACAUUCAAGGAACACAAUUCCAGUGAUCCAAGAUAUACGUCUGAGUUGAACUACCUACGUUUCUACCUGCCAGAUAUCUUCCCUACUUUAAAUAAGAUUCUGCUCUUUGAUCAUGAUGUGGUAGUGCAAAAAGAUCUCAGUGGACUAUGGAAUGCCAAUAUGAAAGGAAAAGUAAUUGCAGCAGUUGGCACUUGUCAGGAAGGUGAAACUUCAUUUCACAGGAUUCAUGAUCCAAAACUUCAUCAUUAUGCUGUCUUCUCUGACAAUGUUCUGGCAUGUGCAGUGGUUGUUAACUCCACUGUCUUCAAUGCUAAGGGUUCACAUAAGAAACUUCGAUAA